AGAUCGCUUGGAAAUCUAUAAUAUAUGUUACGUGAAUUAUAGAUUUUCAGGCGAUCUAUGCGCUCAAUGCGUGAAACGGAACGCAUCCUGUAUUGUAAACAGAAGUUCAGUUAAAGUUCAAUGAAUGUAUAUAGGCGAUAGUAUGUAGUAAUCUAUCAGCUGUUGUCAGAUAUACUUUAUCAUACAGAUGAAAAUAUAAAAGGAAAAUUGUUUUAUAUUCAUUCAGUUUGUUACAAUAUUACUUGGUGUAUUAUUAUUCAGAUGGAAAGGAUUAUUACAUUAAAAAAAUAUGUCCAAGACUAGAAACAAUGUACGCAGCAGUGAGGAACACAGUACUGUAUCUUCUUGUACAUCUUCAUCAUUAUCAUCAGAUGAAGAUGAAAUUGAUUCAAGAGAUUUGAAACCAAUUAAGAAUUAUUUAUCUAAUCGUAAAGAAUUAGCCCGACAACUUUUCAAAUCUGUUAAGCCAGAAAAAAUUCGUAUGAUGUUGCCUCAAGUUUUGAAACAUGUAGAUUUAAGUGAACUAGAAGAAUACUGUGUGAAUGAGUUAAAUGGUAUGUCUAAAGCUCGAAUAUUAUCGAAAUUAAAUGGCAAACCUAUGUUGGAAUCUUCAGAUACAAGCGAAACAGAUGAUUCGGGACCUUCUCUAGAAAUCAUUUCGGAUACAGAAGAAUGGUUGACAGAUGAUGAUAUAUCUAAAAAGGAAAAUGGUAAACAGGGAAAGUUAGUAAAACGAGAUAAAACAAAUAUUAAAAGAAAACCACAUAUUAAAAAAAAUGAUUCAGAUAAGUCUAAUUCUAAAGCAAAAUGUAGUAUUAAAAAUGAAAAUAAUGAUAAAGCUAAUAAGAAUGUUAAAAUUAAGAAAGAAGAUGAUAAGGAAGAUAAAGGAAAAGAAGGAGACAGUUUGUUAGAUUUAUUAGAAUUAGAAAUGCGAGCUCGUGCUAUAAGAGCUUUGAUACGAAAAGAGGAGGAUAUAAUUCCGUCCACUAAUUCAUCAGAAAUAAAUGACAGUCAAACAAUAGAGAAUAACAUUAGAAUACGACGCGAUGAUGAUAAGGCAAAAGAAAAUUGUCGUAAGCAGUUAGAACAAAUUAUCAGUGCUCAACAAAAUAAAGGCGAAGAUGAAGAUGUUGUUUUAGUAAUUCAACCUACCCCGGUCGUCGAAUUAUUAUCUAGUGAUAGUGACGGAGAAGUUCAUGACGAAACACGAAUAAAUCAAAAGUUGAAAAAUGAACAUGCAACAGAAACUGGAAAAUCUGCGAGCAAUUUUGUUGAAAACAUAAAGAAUUCAAGCAAAACUCUAAAAAAUCAAGUAACAGAGGCACACAAUAAUAUUGUAACCAAAACAAAUUUAAGUAGCGAAACAAGAACAAUAAUGCCUGACAGAAAUGUAGAUAUAAAGAAUAAUACAUUAUCAAUAUCAAUAUCUGCAGAUAACGUUGCGGAGAGACGUAAAAAAUCGAAGAAAAAAUCACAUACAAAAUUACAGCUUACUUCUUCUAUCAGUGAAAACACUUCAAAUUUAAAACAAAUUAAUACUGAAAUUGUAGAACAAUCAAAUGAUGUACAGGAUGUAGAUACUAUAGAACAAUUAAGCCUUUCUGAAAAUGAAAAUACAGUUAUCAUGGAAGAAAAAAAUAAGACAAAAGAAAUAGCGAAAGAGAAAAUAAUUGAAGAAGAGAAAUCAGCAGAUUUGGAUGAGAUAAUUGAUUUAGAUGAUUAUUGUGAUGUUGUGAUGGAUAUAGAAAAUUGUGAUGAGAGUCAAGAUGAAAUUAUCAUUCCUUUUCAAGAAGAACAUAAACAAUCUGCAUCUGAAGCAACUUUGCCAAAAUCAGAUUCAAUGGAAACUUGGGCAUCACGCUAUUAUCAAACUGACGAUGUUCAAAAUGUAAUAAAAGAAUCUAAAAUACAAUCUGAAAUUCGAAAGCGAUUGAGAGAACGUCAAAGAUUAUCUAAGUUGAGUAAAUCGCCAAAUUUAAAUUCGUCUUCACAAUCCUCUUCAACUGAUACAACUGUUACAUCUGAAAAAAUUCCAACAGGAUCAGUAGAGGAAUAUUUGGCUUUGAAACGUGCAAUGAACGCAAAUGUUAGCACAACUAACAAUAAUAAUAACACAACACAAAAUAAUCCUUCUGAAACUAUUAAUUCUUCUAAUAACGAUACUAAUGUAAAAGAAAUAUCAGUGCAAGAUGAAAAUAUUUCUUCUCAUCAAGAAUAUACAAAUAAUGAUGCACAGAAAGUUAUUACUUCUGAAAUUACUGAAUCUACCGAACUAGCAGCAGCUAUUGCUGAUACAAAAUCUGAUACAAAAUCUGAUAUAAAUCCUGAUAUAAAUCCUGACACUCAACCUAGUUAGUUUAAAUGUAAUAGUAUGUAAUUAAAUUUUAGUUUUAAUAUCAAUAAAUGUAUUCGUGAAAAUAUUUACAAAUAAAUUUCUCAAGAAUUUAUAUAAUU